ACGCUCAAAUUAUGAAGGAGAAGAAGAAGAAGCAAAACAAACAGGAGGAAUGGCCCUUAAUUGUAUAUAGAUUUACAUGUAGUCAAUGAAAAAUGGCAUCUUCAGACGAAAUAAAACGUCUUGAAUAUUUAUCCUUGGUGUCCAAGGUGUGCACGGAGUUGGAAAAUCAUCUGGGAAUUAGCGAAAAAGAUCUGGCUGAAUUUAUCAUCAGCCUGGCUGAAAAACACCCGACAUUUGAGGAGUUUAAAGCCGCCCUGACAGAAAAUGGAGCAGAUUUUACAGAUACUCUCAUUGGUAAUUUACUCAGACUUAUUCAUACUAUGCGACCAUCACCGUCUACAAGUAAAGCACCCCAGACAGAGGUUAAACCAAAGAGUGAGAAGGAUAAGCUGAAAGAGAAAUAUCCUGCUUUAUGUAAACCAGAUGAUGCUGUGUGGAGGAUUCCACCUCACCACACGGAUAAAGAUGAUGAGCAGGUUGCUGCAGAAGCCAUGAAGGAGUUGGAGAUGCUUAUGCCUAACGUCUCUGGGACAAGUUCUGAUUACAGGCCAGGCAGGAAUUUGCACAGCGACAGAAGUCGAGACACAGACAGAGAGAGCGGACGUCAGCGAAGUCGUUCACGCUCCAGAUCGAGAGACCGUGAUGGAGAAACAAACCACAAGCGCAGGAGGAAACGGGCGUCUCGUUGGAGCGACCAACCUCCGAGCCCACCAAGAGACAACGACAACAACAACAACAAGGAGGACAGAGACUCAGACUGCUGCCAUGAUAGACUUGUAGAUCGGCCGCUGUCAGACCAGCCUGUUGUUGGCACCGUCUACAACGGCAAAAUCAGUAGUAUUAUGCAGUUUGGCUGUUUUGUGCAGCUAGAGGGCCUCAGAAAGCGCUGGGAGGGCCUGGUGCAUAUCUCAGAGUUGCGCAAAGAAGGACGUAUAGCAAAUGUGGCCGAUGUCGUCACCAAAGGCCAAAAGGUGAAGGUCAAAGUGCUGUCGUUCACUGGAACCAAAGCCAGCCUUAGCAUGAAGGAUGUAGACCAGGAGACAGGGGAGGACCUGAACCCCAACAGAAGGAGGAACCUUGACACUGGAGUUGGAGACGAAGCAAUGAGGAACCCUGACCGCCCCAUUGAAGCGAGUGUGCUAGAAAUGGAGGAAAACUCAACGGAGCGCAAAAGGCUCGCCAAGAUAACAGACCUUGAGAAAUGGGAGAUAAAACAGAUGAUUGCUGCCAAUGUACUUCCUAAGGAAGAGUUCCCAGAAUUUGACGAGGAAACGGGGAUCCUUCCCAACAUAGAUGACGAUGAAGAUGAGGAAAUAGAGGUCGAUCUGGUUGAAGAGGAACCACCAUUCCUGAAAGGACAGACUAAGUGGACCAUGAACAUGAGCCCAGUCAAAAUAGUAAAGAAUCCAGACGGCUCUCUUUCCCAAGCAGCCAUGAUGCAGAGCGCUUUGGCAAAGGAGAGGCGAGAGAUAAAGCAGGCGGUCCGUGCAGCAGAGAUGGACUCCAUCCCUACUGGUCUCAACAAGCACUGGAUCGACCCUAUGCCUGACUAUGAUGGAAGACAGAUCGCUGCCAACAUGAGAGGCAUCGGCGCUAUGCCUAUUGAUCUUCCAGAGUGGAAAAGAUACGCCUUCGGAGGGAACCAGGUGUCGUAUGGCAAGAAGACAGAACUUUCAAUCCUGCAGCAGAGAGAGAGCCUGCCUAUUUUUAAACUCAAGGAACAGCUCAUUCAGGCUGUCCACGAUAAUCAGAUCUUGAUUGUAGUUGGAGAAACUGGUUCCGGUAAGACCACGCAGAUCACCCAGUACCUGGCAGAGGCGGGUUACACCGCCCGGGGGAAGAUUGGUUGUACCCAGCCCCGUCGUGUGGCUGCCAUGUCAGUGGCUAAGAGAGUCUCUGAGGAGUACGGUUGCCGUCUAGGCCAAGAGGUGGGUUACACCAUUCGUUUUGAGGACUGCACCAGUACAGAGACGGUAAUCAAGUACAUGACCCAUGGUAUGCUGCAGAGGGAGUGUCUGAUAGACCCAGACAUGAGUCUAUAUUCCCUCAUCAUGCUAGACGAGGCCCACGAGAGAACAAUCCACACAGAUGUGCUAUUCGGCCUGCUCAAGAAGACGAUACAGAAACGCAAAGACAUGAAGCUGAUAGUGUCCUCAGCGACACUGGAUGCUGUCAAGUUCUCCCAGUAUUUCUUUGAAGCUCCCAUCUUCACCAUCCCAGGAAGAACUUUCCCAGUGGAGAUCCUCUACACCAAAGAGCCUGAGACAGACUACCUGGAUGCCAGUCUCAUCACUGUUAUGCAGAUCCAUCUGUCUGAGCCUCCAGGUGACAUCCUGGUGUUUCUGACCGGACAGGAAGAGAUCGACACCGCUUGUGAGAUCCUGUAUGAGCGAAUGAAGUCACUGGGGCCUGAUGUUCCUGAACUGAUUAUUCUGCCCGUCUAUUCCGCCCUGCCCAGUGAGAUGCAGACACGGAUAUUUGACCCUGCACCUCCAGGCAGCAGAAAGGUCAUCAUUGCCACAAACAUCGCUGAGACGUCUCUGACUAUUGAUGGAAUAUACUACGUGGUGGAUCCAGGCUUUGUUAAGCAGAUUGUGUAUAAUUCCAAGACUGGUAUUGAUCAGCUUGUGGUGACUCCCAUAUCACAGGCUCAGGCCAAGCAGAGGGCAGGUCGAGCCGGCAGAACAGGCCCAGGGAAGUGUUACAGGCUCUACACAGAGAGAGCUUACAGAGACGAGAUGCUCGUAUCCAACGUACCUGAGAUCCAGAGAACCAACUUGGCCAGCACUGUGCUGUCUCUGAAGGCCAUGGGUAUUAAUGACCUUCUGGCAUUUGACUUCAUGGACGCUCCUCCAAUGGAGACUCUGAUCACAGCCAUGGAGCAACUCUACACUCUUGGAGCGUUGGAUGAUGAAGGCUUACUAACACGGCUGGGUAGAAGGAUGGCUGAGUUCCCUCUGGAGCCGAUGCUGUGUAAGAUGUUGAUCAUGUCCGUCCAUCUGGGCUGCAGUGAAGAGAUGCUCACCAUCGUGUCCAUGUUGUCUGUUCAGAACAUCUUUUACAGACCAAAGGACAAACAGGCCCAGGCUGACCAGAGAAAGGCAAAGUUCUUCCAGCUCGAAGGAGACCAUCUUACGCUACUGGCUGUCUACAACUCCUGGAAGAACAACAAGUUCUCCAACCCCUGGUGUUUUGAGAACUUCAUCCAGGCUCGCUCCUUAAAGAGAGCUCAGGACAUCCGCAAGCAGAUGCUGAGCAUCAUGGACAGGCACAAGUUGGACGUGGUAUCUUGCGGGACAGCUACAAUGCGGGUCCAGAAAGCUAUUUGCAGCGGUUUCUUCAGGAACGCUGCCAGAAAGCACCCUCAGGAUGGUUACCGUACCCUGAUUGACCAGCAGGUGGUGUACCUCCACCCCUCAAGCACUCUCUUUAACCGCCAGCCAGAAUGGCUUGUGUACCACGAGUUGGUGCUGACCACCAAGGAGUACAUGCGGGAGGUGACCACCAUCGACCCUCGCUGGCUGGUGGAGUUCGCUCCAGCUUUCUACAGAGUCGGUGACCCUACGCGCCUCAGUCGGCAGAAGAGGCAGCAGAAACUGGAACCUCUUUACAACCGUUACGAGGAACCCAACGCGUGGAGAAUCUCCCGCGCGUUCAGGCGACGGUGAAGAUCUCCUGUGCUUCAUGCUCAUACAUGGUGGACUGUGUUGUGCAUUCUCAGUCAGCUAAUGGCUGAAAAAGACACUUUAGUUCCAUAUUUCUAUUUCACUUUGUUAAACCCAGACCUUUGACUGUACAAGUGGUGAUUAAACUUUAAUUGUUAAGUCUUAACUCAGUUCAGUAACACUUAUUUUGUCAGCUAUGUCAUAACCAGUAUGAGGUGUUAAUGAGAGCUGGUCAACAUUUCCUAUAUUGUAUUUUUUAGAAAAAAAAUAAAAAGGUGAUUUCAAUUUUUUUUAAAUUCACUGCAGAUGAA